AUAUAUUAAAAAUAUUCAUGCCUGUUUCAGCUGAUUCCAACGAAGCGCAAAAGUAAAGUGUAGUGUAUCGUAAGUAGUAGUACAGUAGUAGUAGUAUAUGGACAAUCUCUUUAUGAUCAUACUGUACACAAGGCGUUGAUUUGUCGACUUGUAGGAGCAAAACUAGAUGAACAUAAUAAUAAGUAUACCAGUUCGAAAAUCAACUUCAUUUCCACCAAUCAAAACGCCCAAUAUGACAUGUACGACCUACAUUCCUCCGAAAUGUCCAGAAUCGAGGAAUCUGAUACGACUUGAUGCACGCACAUCUGGUUCGCCAUGGUUGCAAGUCGGGUACAUGCUGUAGUCGGGUACAUGCUGUAGCUAGGGCUGGCUUUGUGAACGGCAGUCUGUACGAGAAAGCACGACCCGACUUCCCUCGUGAAGCGCUCGUCCAUUUGAUUCCUCCGUCGCUGUCGAGGUCGAGCCGCGUCCUCGAUGUUGGGAGCGGCACGGGCAAGUUCACUUCGCUUUUGGCGUCGCACUUCGACUCGCUGGUGGCGGUCGAGCCGUCUGAGAGCAUGCGCACCGAGUUCAAAGCGCGUCAUCCGUCCAUUACAUGCGUGGAUGGGACUGCGGAACACCUUCCGUUCCCCGACGCUUCGCAAGACGCGAUCUACCUCGCCCAGACCUUCCAUUGGUGUGCGAACGCCGCCGCUCUCCACGACAUGUCUCGCGUCCUGACUUCGAACGGGUUUCUUGGGCUCAUCUGGAACCUCGAGGACGAUCGGACUUCGUGGGUACGCGACCUUCGCGCCAUCUAUGAACAGUUUGAUGUCGUGGCGCCACAGUACCGCACAGGCCAAUGGGAACUCGCGUUUCGCAGCAACGAGCAUGCAUUUGAGUAUCCGUUGCAGCAUAUUCGCCUCGAACACUUAGUUCCCGGGGACACGACCGAGCACGUUUGGCUGCGCGUGCUGUCCAAGUCGUACAUCCACUCGCAACCGCAGGACGUCAUCGACAGCGUCAAGGCGGAAGUGGACGCCAUUUUGGACACGGCCACCUUCGAGCGGGAUGGCAGCGGUCGCAUCUUGUACCCGUAUGUGACGGAUAUGUAUUGGACCCAUAAGAAGUAGGGGUGCAAAGAACCCUUUGGUUGGCAAUUCAUACUUAGGGCUAAAUCCUUUGGUGUUCCAAGUAGUUUUCAGAAAGAGCAUGAACAGCCAAUCAAAAUCGAUUUACCUCUUUCUUUUUCACGAUUUACUGUUAGAAAAAGAAGUCAAAAACGAGGUAAAAAAGUAGGAAACU